AUGAAAAAAGAUGGUCCAAGCAGAAAAACGAAGCAAUACCUUAAUGAACGAAUGGAUAAGGUAUCAGAGCUAUUGGACAAGGCCAAGAAGAAUCACGAAAUGAUGACAAGUUGUGGCGUCAAGACUCACGAAUACUUUACAUCGAAAUUCAUUAACCAGAUCGAGUCAAACACCACUGAGGCCACGAAUUACAUCUUAAAGUGUUCAGAAGAGGUUCAAAAGUCCCAGGCACCAAACAUCUCUCCACAAACCGAUGCUAAUCAGAUGCGUCGCGUGAAGGAACUAGGCUUUCGUAUAACAGACGUACAAGAAGUCCUUGAUACCACACGGAACAGUAUGAGCGACAUGUCUGCUGUUCAAAUUGAAUGCCAACUUCAGGAAAUUCGGAAGCAGUGGGAUAUGGUAUCUAAUAUUCACAUGGAGGUUAGAGUAAAUCACGAAGAUGAGUCCAUGUAUCCCUUGCACGACCAAUUUCAACAGCUGAAGUCAGAGUACAACCAGGGAUUCGGAACCCCAGUAUCGGCGUCGGGUCAGGGUGGGAAAGCGGGCUCGCCGAUGUCGUCAUCAUGCAACCGUCCCUCUUCAUCAAUGGGUAACUUGGUUUAUGGAGACAGAUAUGAAGUGACGUCUUUGCGGAAGAAAAUUGAUGACGAAGUUAGCACGCUCUAUGAAAAAUGUUUCGGUCAUAAAGUGUUACACCAAGAAACAAAUUGGGUUCCUCACAUCAUCUGUAAUUCCUGCAGACUGAUGCUGUAUCGUUCUCGAAAUUCAGGUUUCCAAAAGUAUUGCAGAUUCUCCACACCAGCUAUAUGGAAACAAACGCUUCGUAUGAACGACUGCUACUUUUGCAUGAAUGACGUCAAAGCCGGGACUACCAGUAAAACAAAGAGUAAAAUCUCAUACAUCAAUGUGUCCACAGUAAUAAGACCAACUGAAAUAAGUCCGAAGGCACGAAGGAGUAGAUGA